AUGGAAGUACCCGUUGAUCGACAGGCGUUCGAAUUGGUCUGCGACGACAUCUUCGUCGCCCCUCGUGAGGCUCGGUGGUUGUCCCGGGAGAAGGGGAUCAACGAACUGUUUGAACGCGCUGCCAAGCGUGUGCCAGGAGAGGGCAAGACCAAAGCUCAGGCCACAGCAGUCCGCUUGAGCAAAGAAUGGUCCGCUGUUUUGGAGGUGCAUGAAGUACCCUCCAGCCUUGUGAAGGAGGUCCGUGGCACGCCCAUGGCCGCCAAAGAAAUAGAUUUGUUGAGCGGCUCCCAGAAACCACGACGGGCUUUGCACAAGCUUCAACUUGACGCGCCUGUGACUUCAGCCCCGGAGGAAGUGCAGCUCUCCAUGCCGAUCAAGAGGCUCUCCAUUGUCGGAGGCCUGACCUUGGAAAGAACCGAAGCCCUGCAGCAAUUCCUACAACAGGUGAGGCCGAAAGAGCUUGAUCUCCAUGAAGCCAAUCCUGCUCUGGUGCGGGCUCUUCUCAAGCGUCUUUCUACUGAGCCCAAGGGAGAGCAUGUGUUCAAGGUACUUAAACCUAUCUCAUGUUGGUGUGCACUCUUUUUGGGCAAGGUAUACUCAUUCAUGCUUCAGAAGCUCGAUUUGCGUGGGUUUGAGGUAACUGCAGAUGAUUACGACCUCAUCAUGAGGCUAGGUCACUUCCGUAGGAUAAAGUUCCUUGACCUGCGUGGUCACGCCAUUUCAGGUGAGAUUGCACAUCUCCUCGCUCACCUCACACUUGUCUCUCUUGGUGUUACGGUACAGCUCAUUUUCUUGGCUGCUAUUGGUUGGUGGCAUUACUGA